AUGUUGAAUAAGAUCGGAGAAAACACAGCGAAUUGGUCAACGAUUCUCGCUCAUUCGCUAUGCUCUCGUCUGGAUGUGACCACUCUUCGACUGUGGGAAUCGCACCACAAUUCCAAGGACGUGCCUAGAUAUGACGAGCUAAUUGAGUUCCUUAGAGACCAUUGCCUUGUGCUGCAGUCUAUAGCGCCAAGUAAAUCGACUGAUUCCACUCAGAGACGAGAAAGGUCCACAGUUGUACACACAUCCUCGGAGUCGUCAAGAAAGUGUUUGUUUUGUGCGGAACCGUAUCAUCUUCCGUUCAAGUGUUACAAAUUCAAAGGCCUGUCAGUCGCUCAGCGUGUGGAAGAGACCAACCGGAAGCGCUUGUGUCGCAAUUGCUUGUCUGCGGGACAUUAUGCUGAAGGAUGCUCCAGAGGUUCCUGUACAAAGUGCAGCAGAAAGCAUCACACUAUGCUGCAUUUUGAGAACGCACCAUCGAGUUUCCGUGCGUCUAAAACAUCCGUUCCACAAACGCAAGAUCAAACUCGGGUAGCAGGACAGUCACAGCCACACUUAAGCCAAGCUACAUCAAAAAGUCAAACACAAACACCCAUUCAACCAGCCACACAAACCACAAACUCCUAUCCCGUGAUCCAAGCAAGCUCUCAGCACAUUCCCCCACACCCCACCACAAAUUUACACGCCACUGUUACACUAAAAGCUGUAAAGCAAUCAGAAGCCAUGCAAUCUUCCCCUCGACAAGUGCUAAUGUCAACCGCAAUAGUUCGAGUACAAGACCGAUUCGGCAAUAUUUCCUUUGCUCGUACACUCUUGGACUCCUGUUCGGAAUUCUGCUACGUUACGUCAACCUUCUCGAAGAAGCUCAAGCUUGAAACGCCAGUGUACCUGAAGGUACAAGGAAUCGGGUGCGGUAGUGUCACAUCGACAAGGUUGGUGGCAGCAAGAAUCCAGCCAAGAGUUCCAGCAAUCUCAGCGUUCGAUGAAGAUAUGCAGUUCUACGUUUUGCCGAAGAUCACCCGUGCGUUGCCGAUUAGUCCAGUGAAAGUGAGCCGAUUGAAGAUCCCAACCGACAUUGUGCUAGCAGACCCUAGUUUCGGCGAACCUGGCCCCAUCGAUAUGAUUAUCGGAGCCGAGUUCUAUCUGGACCUUCUUGCUGCGGGAAGUAUGAAGCUCUCUGACGAUGGUCCAACCCUACAAGAAACAGUCUUUGGCUGGAUCGUGUCCGGCCGUACAUCUCCAAUUCCUGAGAAUAUCCCAGAAACAUCAACAUUCGUUAGUACAAUGGUAGAUCUACAAGAACUUCUAGCGAGAUUCUGGGAACUAGAGACAUGUCACGUCAACAGCACAUUGUCCAUUGAGGAAACAGCGUGUGAAGAAUUCUUCAACAAAACGACGUCUAGAAAUAAAGACGGUAGAUUUGUGGUAGCAUUGCCUAGGAAGGAACACAUCAUGGAGAAACUGGUAGAUUCCAAAAACAUUGCCAUCAAACGGUUCUUGAGUCUGGAGCGACGGCUGGAUUGCAACCCACCGCUUAAGGCAAUGUACACUGAAUUCAUCCAUGAAUAUUUGUUGAUGGGGCACAUGAAACAAGUUCCGGAGGAAUGUUCCGAGAAACCAGUGUAUUAUAUGCCACACCACGCAGUUCUUCGCCCGGACAGCACGACUACCAAACUUCGUGUAGUCUUCGAUGCGUCAUGUCGCACAUCGACAGGGCUAUCUCUGAACGAUGCAUUAAUGGUGGGGCCGGUUGUUCAGGACCCUCUUCUGGCUAUGCUGGUCAGAUUCCGCCUCCAUCGAAUUGCAGCAGUUGCCGACGUCGCAAAAAUGUACCGAAUGGUACUUACUCAGCCGGGAGACCACCCUCUCCACAAAAUCGUGUGGAGGGAUUCGAAGGAGGAGCCUAUCAAAAUCUUCGAACUCACCACAGUCACAUACGGGACCGCCAGCGCGCCAUACUUGGCAACGAGAUGCCUGAAGAAGCUUGGUGAAGAUUGUGCAACAACGCAUCCAGUAGCAUCUGACGUCAUCCUGCACGAUUUUUACGUUGAUGAUAUGUUGUCGGGAGCAGAUAACAUCAAGGAAGCCAAGCUAUUAGUGAAGCAAGUGGAAGAAGUGACCAAUUCGGCAGGAUUCAUUCUCCGAAAAUGGAACUCAAACUCUCCGUAG